AUGGAAAUGUUCAAUAAAGCGUGCUUGGAAAUCCAUGACUUACCCACUGAAGCAGUGAUAAUGGACCUAGUCAAUGGACUCCGAGAAAGACCCUUCUCUCAUUCCAUCUCAAAGAGACACCCGUCUUCUUUAAGUGAUGUACAAGAACGACCUGAGAAGUACAUCAACAUGGAGAAAAACUCCAGGUUACGAGAACCGAGUUGGCGGAUAGGGCACCCCCACCAAUCAAAAGAAAAAGAGAAGGAGCCCAAGAAAAAGGAAGAAGUCAGAACUGAAAGGCCUAGGAUAUAUCACUCUUACACUCCUCUGCGGGUUUCCCUAGUCGAUGUAUAUAGGAAAAUUUGUCACACUGAAAAGCUUCCUCCCCCACGACCCAUCAAGAACAAAAAAGGGGGAAGUCGUAAUGAAGACUGUGAAUACCAUAAAUUGUAUGGACACUCUACUAGUGAUUGUUACGACCUAAAAAAUAUGAUAGAAAAGCUGGUCAUAGAAGGUCGGCUAGAUAGAUAUCUCAUGAAAAGGUCGGACAAUCAUGGAAAAAGAAAAAGAGAUGAUGAAGGUCAUGGACAAAGAAGUCCACCCCCGCAAACUCCAGAACGACAUAUUCAUAUGACAUCGGGGGAUUUGCGGGAGGAGGGUUGA